UUUUUUUUUUUUUUAAUUAUAAUUGAUAUUAUUUGGCAAAGAUAAAAAAACGCUUUCUUCUUUUCAAAUUCAAGCCUGGAAAGUUACAUGUGUUAUUCAGCCUAACUUUCUUUUAAAAAAAAAAAGUAUUCUUUCAACUUAUGCAACCUAUUCUUCAACUCUUUGCUCCUCAGACUCCAAACGUACUUUGCGGCGGCUGUGCAUCAUCUUUCGCCAUUGCUCAAUAUCCACAAGAUUCUGACCCUGGAUAAUUUACCUCAUAAUUUCUAAAUACAACAACAAUAAUAACAAAAACUUAACUAUUUUACAACACAAACAAACAAACACAAAACAACAACAACAACAACAAAAAAUGAUCCCCCAAAGAACAGGUACUCCUCUCGGUCGUAUGCUUUCUUUAAUAGAAAUGCCCUCCGUGUCACUUCGGUUUCUCAUAUUAGAUUGUCCAACCGAAUCCACUCUUCCAUUUUAUCUGGAAGAAUUUAAAAGAUAUAACGUAACACAUGUUGUUAGAUGUUGUCAGCCCACUUACACAGCUACACGAUUAAAUGAACAAGGCAUUCAAGUUCAUGAUUUACCUUUUAAAGAUGGUGGCGUGCCUCCUCCUAAUGUGGUUGCUGAGUGGUUAUCUAUAGUAGAUCUAGAAGAACGUGCUUCGGCCGAAAAGGAGUUUCCUCCCACUAUUGCUGUGCACUGUGUUGCAGGCUUAGGUCGUGCUCCUGCCCUUGUUGCUAUAGCAUUAAUAGAAUUAGGCAUGCAACCUUUAGAUGCAGUUGAAUUCAUUCGAAGAAAGAGAAGAGGUGCAUUCAAUAAACCACAGAUUGCUUAUCUCGAUAAUUACAAGAAGACACUGCGUUCAAAAUCAACUUCAUCCAUUAAGACUUCCUUCACUAGAAUCUUCCGUUUUGGCUCCAAGAAAGAUGUGGAUCCCACUAGUAUCACCGUGAGCAGCUGCGUCUAAAUCUCUUUUUCAAAAUAAAAUCUUUUUUUUUUUCUUCUUCUUCUUCUUUUCUUCCCUCGUUUUAUUUUAAUACAAGAUGCAGAAACCUAAAGGCCAUGUAGAUAAUCUA